AGUAUUUCAUUAUUUUACACCGGAAAUGAUCAAGAUGAAUCCAACAUGGCCGCGUCCUUGUGAGUUCAUAAUAUAACCCCAUGGUUCACAAUAGUCUAGACAAAACGUGGGGGGAAAAAUGAAAAUUAAAGAAAUAGUCAAGUGGAAUGUUCGAGUGUCUAUGUUGUAUGCUUUUGGUAUAUGGACAAUGCUGGGCACAUACGGAUAUUAUCAGUACAUGGGGCGCAAUGACGAAAAGCCAGGAGUCAAAGAGAAGGAAGAACCUCCUGAUCCCAGAGAAGUGAAGAUCCAGACUUCCCACAUGAAAACCACCAUCAUAUACAAAGAGAACUUUAUUCCUUAUUCUACAAGGAUCUCCAAUUUUCUCAGCUCUCUCAGAGGGGAUGUUGCAACAGCUGACAACCAAGACCGCACCAAAUAAUUACCAACAGGUGUAAAAAUAGACUGUAAUGGACUUUCAGAACUGUGUAGCUAAAUGCUUCAAGUGGAAAUCUGUGUGUUUAGAAAUUACAAUAUCUGUAAAGUCUCCAAUUUUGCUCAAAAUGUAUUCUGAGAGUGUCUGCCUACCCUUUUUUAGGUAAGGAUAUAUUCCAGUAAUAAGCUGUGUUCCUUACCACAGAUGUUCUCAUUUGCAUUGCUUAGGAGCCUUGAUUGUCUUUCGCAAUGAGCAGUGAUUGUAAUUUGAACUGACACAUGCUUGACGUCACUUGCACUUUUUGAUCUGUAAGUGCAACAGCAACAUUUUUGCUGUCUUCUGUGUUGAUUAAAGCCAGAGAGGAAGAGGUUAGUUAAGUGGCCCAUUUGUGCAGUCUGUCUAUACCAGCAGGUGGCGGCGAGAACGGGAGACUUGGCUAACGGAGCGAAAUUGGAACGGGGCAGAUGACCGACCACUCCAACAUUUUGAAAACUUCAGUUCCUUGCCAAAUUCCUUGCUCAACGCUCCACUCCUAUCCUCCCUCUGUUGACUUACUCUGCCUUUGAAUGUCUCGCCAAUCUAUUCUGCUUGCUCAGCCAGUCCACUAGGUGCCGCUGACUACACUGGAAGGCAUAUUUUGGACUGGGAAGUAAUACAUGUGUACGGACUGAGCAUUCCAAUCCGAUUGAUUAUAGCUAGCAAGGCAUCAAACCAAAAUAAUGAAGGCUAUCAUUCAAAGAGUUACGAAAGCGAGCGUGUCAGUGGGAGAGGAGCAGAUCAGCUCAAUAGGCAGAGGUCUGUGUGUACUCCUGGGCAUAUCCAUUGAGGACACACAGAAGGAUGUUGACUACAUGGUGCGCAAGAUCCUCAACCUGCGUUUGUUUGAGGAUGAGAAUGGGCGAGCGUGGAGCAAAAGUGUCAUGGACCAGGAGUAUGAAGUCCUCUGUGUUAGUCAGUUCACCCUGCAGUGCAUUCUGAAGGGCAACAAGCCUGACUUCCACGCAGCCAUGUCUGCAGAACUGGCACAGCCUUUCUACAACAACAUCCUGGAACACAUGAGGACAACGUACAAGCCUGAGAUGAUCAAAGACGGGCAGUUUGGGGCCUACAUGCAGAUUCACAUCCAGAAUGACGGGCCGGUCACUAUCGAGCUGGUGUCCCCCUCUGCUCCCACGGACCCCAGACAGCUCUCUAAGCAGGAGAAGCUGCAGCAGAGAAAAGAGAAGACUCGCUCCAAAGGCCCAUCGGAGUCAGGCAGGGACAGGGCCACCCCGCGCCCCCGAGGGCAGGACCCCAACGCUAGUAGUGGAGCGGACGGAGACGUGUCAUCAGAGAGGGAGCCCUAGGGCGAACGGACUUGCCCUAUCGAUGACGGGGGGGGGGAUCCCACCCUGGACCGGUGGACUUAAUGUACGUAGAGCGUGAGGAGUGAUGCCGGACUGCCCUCCCUUUCAGACCGCCUGGGGCUCUCUCUCUCACGAAACUUUCACGACGACAUUGGCACUGUGGCACAUGAUCAGACAUGUACUCUGUACCCCCCAAGACCCCGGAACCUUUCACCAACAGCAUUGUGGACCGUGGCGUUGCGACAGGGUGUGACAGAUCCAUGUGCGAUGGGGGGGGGGGGGGGGGGGGGGGACGGUCUCACCUUACUUUUGUAGCCCUUCGACUUGAGGACAGCACAUUUGAUAUAUAUAUUUAUGUCACAGGCGUUAUUUAAUGCGUUGUUGUUUAGUCGAUCUGAAUGUAAACGUGGUCAUUUUAUAAAAGUUGACGA